AUGGCGUUUGAUCCCGAGCAGCAACCUUCCUCUUCUGUGUCUGGAGAGGUUGGUAAGUCAUCUGGUGAGAUCCACGCAGAAAGGGAGCCUCUUAUUAAAGAUAAUCAUCAUACCCCAGAAAACUACUCUGUUGUUUCAGCCAUCUUCCCGUUUUUGUUUCCAGCUCUGGGAGGACUCCUUUAUGGUUAUGAAAUCGGUGCAACUUCUUGUGCAACCAUUUCAAUUCAGUCGCCUUCGUUAAGUGGAGUUUCAUGGUACGACUUGUCCUCAUUGGACGUUGGUCUAGUUACAAGUGGCUCACUUUAUGGUGCAUUAUUUGGCUCUAUUGUGGCUUUUACAAUUGCUGACGUUAUAGGAAGAAGAAAGGAGCUGAUUUUGGCUGCAUUCGCAUUCCUCGUUGGAGCCCUUGUGACUACACUAGCACCAGUCUAUCCCGUUCUGAUAAUUGGACGGCUAACUUAUGGGGUCGGUGUUGGACUGGCAAUGCAUGCGGCUCCGAUGUACAUUGCAGAGACUGCUCCAAGUCAGAUACGUGGACAGCUGGUAUCACUAAAAGAAUUCUUCAUAGUCCUCGGGAUGGUUGGAGGUUAUGGAAUUGGUAGUCUUACAGUCAAUGUUCUCUCUGGUUGGCGUUACAUGUAUGCAACAAGUGUCCCUUUGGCAGUUAUCAUGGGAAUUGGAAUGUGGUGGCUCCCAGCAUCCCCUAGGUGGCUUUUGUUGCGGGUCAUACAGGGGAAAGGGAAUGUGGAGAGCCAAAAAGAGGCUGCAGUCAAAUCUCUUUGCCGCCUUAGAGGUCCUGCUUUUGCUGAUGCAGCUGCUGAACAAGUGAACGAGAUUUUGGACGAACUUUCUGCUGUGGGCGAGGAUAAAGAGGCCACGUUUGGUGAACUAUUCCAAGGGAAGUGCAAGAAAGCUCUCGUCAUAGGAGGAGGUCUAGUCUUGUUUCAGCAGAUAACUGGGCAACCAAGUGUGCUUUAUUAUGCACCAUCAAUACUACAGACCGCUGGAUUUUCUGCCGCAGGUGAUGCAACAAGGGUCUCGAUUCUACUUGGUCUGUUGAAGUUGAUUAUGACAGGAGUAGCGGUUGUAGUUAUCGACAGACUUGGAAGGAGACCUUUACUUCUUAGUGGUGUUGGUGGCAUGGUUAUCUCUUUGUUCCUGCUGGGGUCAUACUACAUCUUUUUCAGCGCCUCACCAGUUGUUGCUGUAGUUGCACUGCUUCUCUAUGUGGGAUGUUACCAGCUAUCCUUUGGUCCAAUUGGUUGGCUGAUGAUCUCAGAGAUAUUUCCCCUUAAGCUAAGAGGUCGAGGUCUGAGUAUAGCAGUGCUCGUGAAUUUCGGUGCAAACGCGCUCGUGACAUUUGCUUUUUCACCGCUGAAGGAGUUGUUGGGAGCUGGGAUACUGUUCUUUGCGUUUGGUGUGAUAUGUGUCUUGUCUCUGCUCUUCAUAUUCUUCAUUGUCCCAGAGACAAAGGGUCUCACUCUUGAGGAAAUUGAAGCCAAAUGUCUCUAA